GCAGAGAGGCGCACAGGAGACCUCAAGCCCAGGCUCCGCUUCCCAGCUGUGAAAGGGCCCACUGCUCCUGGAGCAUGGAGGCCGUCCACGAGCAAUGCCAGCAUGAGAGAGACAGGCAGCUUCCGGCCCAGGACGAGGACGGAGGUGGCCUUGUCCCUGAGAGGUCGGAGCAGGAGAUGCUCCUCAGCCUGAAGCCCUUGGAGGCCCCUGAACUGGAUGUGGACGAGGGCUUUGGCAACUGGUCCCAGAGGCCAGAGCAGUGGCAGCAGCAUGAGGGGGUGCAGGGCGCCUCGGACAGCGGAGAGCCCCCCCGGUGCAGGAGUCCUGACGGGGAGCAAGAGGACAGGCCCAGCCUGCAUGCCUGCGAAAAGGACAGUGAUGAAGUCCACCUGGAGGAGUUGAGUCUGAGCAAGGAGGGGCCAGACCCAGAGGACACUGUCCAGGACAACCUGGGGGCUGCAGGGGUUGAGGAGGAACAGGAGGAGCACCAGAAAUAUCAGCAGCCCAGGACACCCAGCCCCUUGGUCUUGGAGGGGACCAUAGAACAGAGCUCACCUCCCUUGAGCCCUCCCAUCAAACUCAUCGACAGGACCGAGUUCCUAAACUGCUCCAUAGAGAAGAGUAACAGUGUGAAGAAAUCCCAACCAGACUUGCCCAUCUCCAAGAUUGACCACUGGCUGGAAAAAUACACCCAGGCCAUCAAGACCGCUGGCUGGACCCCCAAGCUAGCCCACCAGGCCUCCAUAGAGCUGCCCAGCAUGGCCGUGGCCAGUACCAAGAGUCAGUGGGAGACGGGUGAGGUACAGGCUCAGUCUGCGGCCAAGACUCCGUCCUGCAAGGAUAUUGUGGCUGGAGACAUGACCAAGAAAAGCCUCUGGGAGCAGAAGGGAGGCUCCAAGACCUCAUCAACAAUUAAGGUAGAGCCUAAAUGUGGUUGGUGCAGGCAGGAAAUAUUAACUGAUUUCAUUGUCACACAAAAACAGAAGACAUAAAACAGUUAAAAUAGGCCAGGCACAGUGGCUCACACCUGUAAUCCCAGCACUUUGGGAGGCCGAGGCGGGUGGCUCACGAGGUCAGGAGAUCGAGACCAUCCUGGCCAACAUGGUGAAACCCCGUCUAUACUAAAAAUGCAAAAAAAAAAAAAAUUAGCCGAGUGUAGGGGCACAUGCCUGUAAUUCCAGCUACUUGGGAGGCUGAGGCAGGAGAAUCACUUGAACCAGCAAGUUGGAGGUUGCAGUGAGCCGAGCUCACACACUGCACUCCAGCCUGGCAACAGAGGGAGACUCAGUCUCAAAAAACAAACAAACAAACAAAAAAAAAGAAAACAACUUGACACACUUAGAAAAUGAAGGUUUGUGCUAUUGGUUUUCUUUUAUUUUAGAAAAAUAAAGCAUUGUUUAAAUAUUUCUUACAAGUACAAAUAUAAUUUAAAUUUAAUAAAUGUUCAAAGUUAUCUGUAAUUAAAUUUCAUUCAGUAGACAUAUAUUAUGUCUAAUAGAGAACUUGCUAAGUAAGAUAUAAAGGAUGAUUACAUGAAAAAUCACAAAAUUGUCAGUAAGAGUCUUAAAAGUCAAUGAUAGGACAGUAGUUAAAAGAUAUCAAAUAGUUAUUUAUUCUUAAACAUUAAACAGGCUAUUAAUAGUUUUAAUAACCUUGAAGUUUGACAACACUGUAAAAACAUUACAGACCACUUUUAUUUAUGAAAAUACAUGCAAAUAGCAAACAACAGUUGGGCUUAAGGCUGCUACUUACUUACCCAGUAAGUGACAAAGCUGGAAUUCAAACCAAGUUUGAGCUAUACCAGUACUACCCUUGAAAAGACUUCCUUACACUCAGCUUUCCUUUAUUUCUUAAACUCAUUUUUUUUUUAAUUGAGACAGAAUCUUGCUCUAUUGCCCAGGCGGGAGUGCAGUGACAUGAUCUUGGCUCGCUGCAACCUCUGCCUCCCAGAUUCAAGCAAUUCUCAUGCCUCAGCCUCCCAAGUAGCUGUGAUUACCGGUGUGCGUCACCACACCUGGCUAAUUUUUGUGCUUUUAGCAGAGGCGGUGUUUUGCCGUGUCACCCAGGCUGAUCUUCAACUCCUGACCUCAGGUGAUCCGCCUGCCUCGGCCUCCCCAAAUGCUGAUAUAACUAGUGUGAGCCACCACGCCUGGCCAAUUUCUUAAACUUUUGAUUAUACUAAAUAUGUUCCUUCUGCAUGAUAACAGUGUCUUUCCUUUUAUAAAAUUAAUCUCUUAAAAUACUUUAAAAUUCAAAGUACACUUUUUAGAUUCUUUAAAAUACUCAUUGCCAUGUUCAUGGCCUUUAGAUGUGUGAUCAUAGCCUAUUUGCUUUUCAUUGACUUAGUUUCAUAUUUCUUUGCCUUUUUCCCCCUACUUUUCCUUAUAGAACUAUUUACUAGUAAUGAAAUCAUUUUAAAGAAUACACUUUUUCUUCCUCCUGCUAACUGUUAAGAGAAUGUUUUAUAAUCACUCUGGUCAUAGCCUGUAAGUUUCUUUUCUAAAUUAUCUUUUCAGGAUACAUAUUUAUUAACUUGCUUUCAAAUGAAUAUGGUCAUGUCUAUGCAGCAAGUUUCUUUUCUUUCUUCUUUUCUUCUUCUCUUUUUUCUUUUCUUUCUUUUUUAAGGCAAGAUUUUGCUCUGUAGCCCAGGUUGAAGUGCAGUUGUAGAAACAUGACUCACUGUAGCCUCAACCUCUCUGGCUCAAGUGAUCCACCAACUUCAGCCUCCCAACCAAGUAGCUGGGACUACAGGUGUGCACCACCAUGCUCCGCUAAGUUAUUUAGUUUUUUGUACACAUGGAUUCUCAGUGUGUUGCCCAGGCUAGUCUUGAACUCCUGGGCUCAAGCCAUCUUCCUGCCUUGACCUCCCAAAGUGAUAAGAUUACAGGCUUUGAGCCAUUAUGCCCGACCUCUUUUUCUUUCUCUUUCUUUUUUUGAGACGGUCUCACUCUCGUUGCCCAGGCUGGAGUGCAGUGGCAUGAUCUUGGCUCACCGCAACCUCCACUUCCUGGGUUCAUGCAAUUCUCCUACCUCAGCCUCCCGAGUAGCUGGGAUUACAGGCAUGCACCACCACGCCCGGCUAAUUUUAUAUUUUUUAGUAGAGACAGGGUUUUUCCAUGUUGGUCAGGCUGGUCUGGAACUCCCGACCUCAGGUGAUCUGCCCGCCUUGGCCUCCCAAAGUGCUGGGAUUACAGGCGUGAGCCACAGUUCCUGGCCCUCUUUAUCUUUUUAACUGAGCUUAUUUAUCUCUUCCCCAGCUUGAGUCUGGGUCCUACUGUCUUGGUCAGAGUAUUUUACUAUAUUGACCUAGACAAUUCUGCCAUCAUGAACCAUAUUCCAAACCUAAAUAUGUAAGAACAUAGAAAGAUUAUUUUAGAAGGAGAAUUUUAACACACACACACUUUAUUCUGAAAAUUGAGCAACAAAAUGAAAGGUGAGUUGUGAUAGUUGAUGUAUCAACAAAUAGAAAGAAGAAAGCCUGUAAUCUGUUUCAGAAUGCUAUUUCUGGGGCUGGUAACAUCAAAAAUAAUCAAAUUAAAUGUUAACUUGCUGACUCAUAAGAUUUUCUCUAAUUUAGAAGUUGGCCUGCCUGCCUGCCCUCCCACCCGCCUGCCUGCCUGCCUCUGUCUUGUCCUGUGCUGUCCUGUCCCCGUCCCCCUCCCCUCCCGUCUUGUCCCGUCCUGUCCUGUCCUACCUCUGUGGCCCAGGCUGGAGUGUAGUCGGCUCGCUGCAGGCUCCCUGCCUCCGGCUCCCGUGAUUCUCCCUGGCCUGCAGGCUGCCUGGGAUUGCUGGCGCGUGCCGCCACCCCUCCCUGGCUUUUCUCCUUGGGCUGGAGGCGCGGUUUCGCCAUGUCGGCCAGGCUGCUCUCCAGCUCCUGACCUCGAGUGCUCUGCACGCCUCGGCCUCCCGACCUGCUGGGACUGCAGACGGAGUCUCGCUCACCCGGUGCUCGGUGUUGCCCGGGCUGGAGUGCGGUGGCGUGGUCUUGGCUCGCUGCAGCCUCCGCCUCCCAGCCGCCUGCCUUGGCCUCCCAGGGUGCUGGGAUUGCAGCCUCUGCCCGGCCGCCACCCCGUCUGGGAGGUGGGGAGCGUCUCUGGCUGGCCGCCCAUCCUCUGGGAUGUGAGGAGCGCCUCUGCCUGGCUGCCCCAUCUGGGAUGUGAGGAGCGCCUCUGCCCGGCCGCCCAUCAUCUGGGAUGUGAGGGGCUCCUCUGCCCUGCCGCCACCCUGUCUAGGAAGUGAGGAGCGCCUCUGCCCGGCCGCCCCGUCUGGGAGGAAGUGAGGAGUGCCUCUGCCCAGCCACCCCGUCUGGGAAGAAGUGAGGAGCGUCUCUGCCCGGCCGCCCCGUCUGGGAUGUGAGGAGCACCUCUGCCCGGCUGCCCCGUCUGGGAUGUGAGGAGCGCCUCUGCCCCACUCUCCCGUCUGGGAAGUGAGGAGCGCCUCUGCCCGGCCGCCCCGUCUGGGAAGUGAGCGCCUCUGCCUGGCCGCCCCGUCUGGGAAGAAGUGAGGAGUGCGUCUGCCUGGCCGCCCCAUCUGGGAAGUGAGGAGCACGUCUGCCCUGCCACCCCGUCUGGGAUGUGAGGAGCGCCUCUGCCUGGCCGCCCCGUCUGGGAUGUGAGGGGCGCCUCUGCCCGGCCGCCCCGUCUGGGAUGUGAGGGGUGCCU